UCAACAGUGACACAGAAGACUACGAACCACCAGGUUUCAAGGCUGCAGACAGUGAUAACUUUGUAUUUGAUGAAGAACCUAUGACAAUAAAAGUGGGAGAUGUUAACACAAACUAUCACAGUGUGAAAGUUCGAGUGAAAACGGACAAGAAACAGUUCACGAUGAGAGAUCCUAACAGUCAAGAACAUGAGAUUACUGAUGCAGAAAUAAAUAGUGGUUUAGAUACUGAUAUUAGUAUGGAAGAAAAUAACAGGCAGGUUUCCAAAGACAAAGAAGGGAUAAAGCAUCCUACAUCAGGAAAUAUAUCUAGAAUACAACAGGAGCCUCAGACUAAUGCAAAUAUUCCUGAAGAAUCCCCAGCUAAACCAACUACUCCAGCUGUAGAUGUAGUUGGUUCACAGACAAGUCAAGCUACAGAUCCCGGGGAGGAGUAUAAAGUCAGAUGCCCCUGUGGCUGCAAUGAGGAUGAUGGUUUGAUGGUGAUGUGUGCUAUAUGUAAGUUCUGGCAGCAUGGUGUAUGUUUCCUCAUAGUAGAAGAAGAGGAUGCCCCUGACCAUCACGUCUGUGAUGUUUGUGCUCAGAUUGGUGAUCCUGACAGAGAACCAACAGAUUUCUAUCUUAGUGAACUGUCAUCCAUCCAAAUACAGGCAACUUGUUUAUGGAGGCGAGCACUCAUUGCUUGUCUGGGAUUAACUAGGGUACUUGCUCCAGUACUAGCCAAGCGACUAGGAACAGAAAUGACAGUUGCACAAGGGUUAAUGAACAGACUAGAUAAAGAGGGAUUUCUCAAAUCUGCUGGCAAAGGGAAAAAACUGGGGAAACUGGUGGACAAAGAGAAAAUAACAAAUGUUGGCAUUCCAAAAUACAUGAAAAAACACGAGAGACAAAAAGAGGCUGAUCAUGAUAAUAAGAAAGAAAUGACACAAAAUGAUAAAGAAACAAACAAUAAUAUGAUGGAUACCCAAAGUGAGGUUGAUAAAUUAACAGAGAAAACAGAAAGUUUGAAAAUUAACAAAAAGGGAAAAUUAUCAAGAAAGAAAAAGAAUCAAAAUGGGAAAAUUGAAGAGGUAAAUAAAGAAAAUAUAACUUAUGAAGAAAAUAAAAUUCAAGAGGAAAAUGACAAGAAAAGAAAAGGCAGAAAAAGAGCUGUUUCCAAAUCUCAGGAGGACCAAGAGUUUGAGCUAUCUUCUACACAAGAUGUUUUUGAUGAUCCCAAGAAGAGGAAGAAGGCAAGCAUUGUUAGCAAAGACAUUAUGGUUUAAUCAUGACCAUAUAUAAAAUGAAGGAAAGAGGAAGUGAAAUGCUCAUUUUAAUACUUUUAUUACAUGUCUUGAUUAAAUUUAGAUCACUCAUAUAUUUUGGCAUAUGCAUUGUGAUCAUUUGAGUAGUUUCAAUUUAAUUUAAGGAGUUUGACCCAACACUGCAGUAAUUUGAUUGACUUAGAUGACAAAAAUAAUGUUGCCAUGAGACAUCCAUAUACAAAAUGAUUUAGUCACCUUAUUAUAUAAAGCAAGUGUUUCUAAUGUUUCAUAAAGUUUUGAAGAAAUGUAGAAAUUGACCUGUAAAAAAGACAUGCCUGUAUGUUAAAUCAUACACAGUAGAUCUCGUAAUAUUGAUCAUUGAUUAAGAUUUGUUUUUUGUUUGUUUUCUUAAUGUUGCAAUAACAUACUUUUGAUUGUACUUGUAUCUUUUAGUAGAAAUAGUCAUUGUUAAUUAUUCUUUAUACCAUUAAUUAAAUUAGAUUUUAAGGAUAAUUUGAAUAGGCUUCUAUGUGUAUUUGUUAUGAAGUAACUUGUUAAGCAUUUUUGUUUUUUAAAAUGAAGAUAUAUGUGCAUUAGCUUUUGCAGUUUACUUUAUACCUUGUUGUGUGUGUGUUGUAAAUAUCAAAAUUUGUUGAAUUUUAAUUAUGAUCCCAGCUGUGAUAUAUUAAUGUUAAGUUUUUGUUGUAAUAUCUGUUGUUAAGGCAAUAAACCUUUAAAUUAUGCAAAACGUUUUAGUGAUUUCUUUUAAGCCUUAUAUCUUGUUGAUAUUUUAAGAGAAACAAUUAUAAGUAUGUUUUAUGUUUAAUUUUGAAAUCUAUAAUUGUUUGUUGUUACCUCUUGUCUAUGAGAUGUCAAAUAUUAAUUUGUUUGUACUUUAGCAACACUUUGAAAACUUUUAAGUCAGUUUCAAGUUCUGGAAUUCUUUACCACUAGUAUUACAACAAACUUGUUUAUUGUAAGAAAAUGUCAACUUACAUUGUAGCAUGAAUCAAAAGUGGCAUAUAAGUUGCAUUGGUGUAAAAGUAACUUCAUUUGGUUCAAUUGUUAUUCAAAUUGUCAUCCAAAGAUCUAGAGCUGAAACUCACUUAUCUGAGGUAAAAUCUUUUUACAAAUAAAUCUGCCUAAACUGCCACAAAUUGCUUCAAAUUGUUUAAUAUACAACACAAGAUCCAUAUAGAUUAUCCUGAUUUUAUUGAUGCACAUUUAUAGCACUAAACAACAAGACAUGUGUGUAAAAAAUCUAACUGUUAAGACAUAACAGCAAGUAAAAGCGUAUCAUGUAGUUAGAAUAAGCAAAAAGAAAGUUUGUAAUCUCGAAAAGAUUCAUAAAUA